CUAUAGACAUCGCGAUGGAUGCGCGUGUGUUUGUGUUUUCUGUCCUUAUCUUUCAUACGUUCAUAUACCCGUGUGUGACAGUGAUGAAAAUAAAUACGCCGGAAAUAAGUAAAUCCAAAACGGAGCUCACACCGCUUUUUAUUUCCGCCAAAUUAAAUAAUAUUAUUAUAAUAUCUGCCCCGAUUAUUGACAGUUUUGCUUCAUAUUACUUAAGCAAACCAAAUGGAGAAGAAGUAGAAUUGAAUUUGAAUAUAAGUCAUAGCAUCCAAGGAAUUAAAGCGCAAGGCGGGAAAAAACAUGACAAUUAUUUAAAUAAUUCCGGACAGCUAAAAGCGGUAAUAACAAAUUUAAUAUAUAAUAAAAAAGUUAUAAAUAAUUUUAAUUAUGAAAAAAACUGUCAUAACAACGAAGUUUUUAAAAAUAAGUUGAAGUCAAAUGAUUUCAUAAUCGGACCGUUGGAUGAAAAUGAUCACGGAAAUUGGGUGCUGAGUGUGUUUUAUAAAGAAGACGGCGAUUGGACAGAAAUGUUUCAAAUUAUAACUAUAGAAAUAAUUGACACUAUAUCGGCUGUACCAGAAAAACCAAGUUUACAUAUCGGAGAAGACUUUUAUGUUCGUUUUGCAAACCCAUUAUAUGACCUUGAGAGUUGUCAGAUUGUAGCGCCAAAAUCUGCUUUUGACAGAUACUUUAAUCGUAACAAUGUUUAUCAAAACGCCUGCGGAUUUCACAUACCAAAUGUUACUUACGAUGACGAAGGCAUGUGGAAGAUAAUAGGCGUCGGAAAAAUUGUAUACGAAGCGAAUGUAUAUUUAAAUAUUAAAAUAAAUGUGACGUAAUGCAGUGGUA